UAUUGGUGGAACGAAAACGUCGAACAAUCCCAGACAGGCUGGAGUAGAAUAUACUUCAGAUCUUAUUCGACUCGUUUGUGAUUGACAGCCAGACCGAUGACACUUACUGAUCGCGGAGGCUGGACAAACCCGGUCCUGCAGCGGCUGGAGUAGUGUUGAGUGGAAUAGGCACACCGAUGAAUACAAAGCAGAGAAAGAGAGAGAUGCGAUAGAAGAAAAGUGAGCAUUUCGGUGUCAUCUUCGGCAUAGACCCCGUGUAUGCCACCUUUGCCCGUGUUUCUCUGGAUGGAUAGUGGACCCGCCUCACCUUCUUCCUCCAUGUUGGCGGGCCGUUCCACAUUGUGGCGUCUGUCUGAGAGGAGGAGCAGAAAGGCCGGCUCAGCGAACAUUUUCAGCAAUGUGAAUCUGUGGCAGCUUCAGAGGCUCUUCAGGGCAGCAGGGGACCAGGAUGCGGAGCAGAGGGCCCAGUUAAUUUGGGGCCACGGAGAUGAGGCUGAACUUGCUAAGGCCUUAAUAGGACUGAGGGCCCGAAGCCACCGCAAAGGGCUGAGGACUAAUGGAAGGGAUGCGUUGGGCACACACUGGCUGCGAGCCUUCAGCCACCUCAGGAUUGGGGAGAGCUCACCAAGCAGCCAGGGGAAGGAUCCCAGCGAGGAGAGUGAUUCUGAGGCAGGAGCACAGAGCAGUCCAGAGCCCCGAAGACACACCUCAGUAGGAACAGGAAGAGUAGCAGGGUCCUCAGUGGUACUAAAUGAGAGCCAGGACCCUGCAAUGACACCUGAGAAACCAGUCAGAUCCAACUCAGUACUGAGAAGAGGAGGGGAGAACAAACCAGAGCGAUACCUCCACCGAAUACUCCACUGACUUCACAGUCAAAACUGGAACGAGGUUGAAAUAUAACACAGGCACAGAUAAGGCAGUGGCAGUUUUAAGUGGAACUAAUAAUGGAAAAGUUUCUCAUAAUACCAAAGUGUCUUAUUAGCAGGAUCUGCCCUGUGGCACACCUGCACUACACGUCCACUUGAACAUUUCAGCAAAAUCCAUUGACUGGUUGAAGGUAUCUCACACCUUUUUACAGUGAAUGGCUCUCCAUAACUGCCUUGUGUUUUCUUAAAUUCAUCCUACCAGCGACACUAACCAGGCACACUGACAAUUUAUUAUUGCUGAUAUGAGUUUAAGUGGUUUCCAUUUUGAAAUCAGUAUCCGGACAACCCAUUAUACUAUAACUAUACUAUAACUUUAUUGCAAAGUCACACUUUCAGUACCACCAGAAGGCAUAUGUAUUUCCAUAUUAUAUACUUUAUGUAUGCACACAUGUUUAUAUGUUUGUAAUUUAACUUGAAAAGAUGUUAAUGUUCAAAUUUUGUAUUAACACUAACCAAUGCUGAAAAAGGAAAAUAUCACAUAAAUAAGUUCAGGUGCAUUUUAUCCCCAUGUUCCUGAGUGUGGUACAUUACACUACAUUAUGAAUAUUAUGAAAAGUAGGAAUAACACUGGACUCAGGUCAUUGUACAGAGUGAAUGAGUCAAAUGUUAUAUUGAUUGAACUGCUGCACCAGCUUAUCUUGUCCUUGGUUUGUGCUUCAGUAAGCAGAGAUAAGUAGAGAAUGCAUAAGAUGUUUAUUAAGUCUGACAACACAGAAAUUAGGUAAAUAGAAAGAGGAAGGAUGCUUGAGUGUCUAGAUGGUGGAAUAAAAGAGAUUUAGAGAUGCAGGUUGGACAAUCAUAGGCUUAAAAGAGUGAAUGAAGGAUAUACAUUAAAAAGUAGCCACAGCAGACUGAUUAGCUCACAUAUAGCGCCACCAGAAACAAAUCAAGAGGCAAAUUCUGAAGGGAGUGGUUAAGCAGAUCAAAGCAUAAAUAAUAGAAUAAAGAUGAUGGAUUCCCAGUGUAUUGGAUAGAAUUUUCACCAAAGCUUCAUUUGUUUAAAGUGUCAGGAAGUCAAAAAUAAUACAUUUUGAGUGCAAUGCUCACUGGGCAGGGAAAGGCAAACUUGAAAAAGCAUUGCUCAAGCUCACAGUGUGAAAUCCCGCUGUGCCGAUGAAUGUAAAACCUCGUCAGAUGGCUGGAAACUGAAGUUGUCAUUUCUGAUUUUUAGUAAUAAAGUGAGUCUUUGUAUUUUC